AUGACAACAUUGUGUAAUAAUGAUAUUAAACAAGUAUUGGCUGCUAAGGCACACAUAUGGAACCAUACAUUCAACUACGUUAGCUCCAUGUCAUUCAAAUGUGCAAUUCAGCUUGGAAUUCCAGAUAUCAUCCAUAGCCAUGGGAGACCCAUGACCCUAUCUGAUUUAGUGAAUGCUCUCCCUAUUGACAACAAAUCGAAAGGCCAGGAUUAUAUUUAUCGUCUCAUGCGUAUUCUAAUUCAUGAUGGCUUCUUUUUGCAAGAAGGAGAUGGUUAUUUACUUACUCCAAAUUCACGUCUCCUCCUUAAAGAUGAGCCUUGGAACAUACUCCCCUUUGUGCAAUUUGGACUAGACUCAAUCGUAAUUGAUCCGUUUCACUAUCUCAGCCAAUGGUUGCAAAAUGGAGAGUACUCUUCUACUCCAUUUGAGACUACUAAUGGAAACAGAAUCUUUGAGAAGGAAACAAAAAUUAACCAUCUAUUAAACGAAGGCAUGGCUUGUGAUGCCCGUUUGGUCGUGAGUGUGUUGAUUCAAAAUGGUAAGGGGCAACUUUUUGAAGGGUUGAAAUCGUUGGUAGAUGUUGGAGGGGGUACUGGAACCAUAGCUAAAGCUAUUGCGGAUGCAUUUCCACAAAUAAAUUGCACUGUCUUUGAACUCCCUCAUGUAAUUGAAGGGAUUGAAGGAAGCAAGAACCUGAGCUUUGUGGGAGGAGAUAUGUUUAACUCCAUUCCUUGUGCCAACGCAAUUUUACUUAAGUGGGUAUUACAUGAUUGGAGCGACGAAGAUUGUAUACAAAUAUUGAAGAAAUGUAAAGAAGCAAUUCCAAGUAAGGAGAAUGGAGGAAAGGUAAUCCUAAUUGAAAUAGUGAUGGAUCAAAACAAAGACGACGAUAAGUCAUAUGAAACUCAACUCUUAAUUAAUAUGCUGAUGAUGGUGAUUCUAAGUGGAAAAGAAAGAAACCAACAAGAAUGGGCAAAACUCUUUUUUGAUGCUGGUUAUAGUGACUACAAGAUUAUUCCUAUCUUAGGAUUAAGGUGUGUUAUUGAGGUUUACCCUUAA